UGGUCUCUAGUGCUUAACUGCCUACCGAUUACUGUACGUACUGAUACGUCUGUCUGGGUCGUCAUCUGCAACUUCGAGGCCUGUACGACAACCUCGUACCGCGACGCCGCCUACUUCGGGCUAUGCCCACCCUAAUCGGUAGUUUUCACUACCACCAUCUUUGAUGGACUUAGUUAUUGGAUACCACAUAGCUGGUAUCGAGACGGUCUUUUCGUAGGUGCUAUCGCUUCCGCUGAUUUCCGACAUCAUGGACGAGGAGUUGUCUUACGAGUCACUCAUGGCUACGGACAAUGACGCCGUCGAGGCUGCGCAAGCCGAAGUCGUGGUUGCUAACAACCGCGCUGACGCCGCUGAGGCUCGAGCUUUUGCUGCUGAGACUCGUGCUGUGGCCGCUGAAGCUCGCGCGGCGCUCGCUGAGGCCGCGGUUACGCAAUUGCAAAGCGUGAUUCGGACCGUUUCACACGCUCUCAACAGCGUUGAGCUGCCUUCCGGUGGGGUAAUUCCUGCGCUGUUAACAUGUCUGACACGUGGGGUGGUUUCCGGCUGAAUGGCUUGCCGCCUGGGCUAGGUGAGGGCGCUCAGCCGCCGGGGCAGGGAUUCGAUACUCAGCCGUUACCGACGGACCAGGAUGGCGAGUAUGUGCCGCAGUCACCUGACCAACGGGCUGGGACAGAACGGUCUCUGCAGGAUGAAAUUGAUGCUAUGUUCGCCCGGCCACGAACUGACCUGCCCCGUGACCCACGCCCACGCCGUUUUCCUCCGUUUUCAGCCACGCGCAACGCUGGCGGCGCGGCUGCUGAUGCCGCGCCUGCCCCUGCCGCUGCUGCGCCUGCUCCUGCGCCUGUGGCUGCUGCUGCUGUCGCGCCUGUUCGCGCUGAUGAGGUACUUAAAGUUGAUGUUCCGGUGCCUAAGCUGAACCUAGACGACAGGAUAGAGGCUCGGGACAUCCCGGUUAGGACAAGGGCCUUCAUUCGGGACAUUCACCGGUACUUUGAGCUUGUCAGGGGUGGUCACCUCGACAGUGUGCGUUGCCUCUGUUUGGCUAACGUGCUCGAGGGUCGCGCCAAGCGUUGGCACGACGAGUGGACCCUUGCUCGCACUACGUACACCUCACGUGAACUGCUCGAUGCCCUGCUGGUCCGCUUUGCACCGCAAAUCCGUUCCCGUGAGACUGAGGCACGCCAGAAGCUUGCCUCUGGUCGCUAUCGCAUGCGCU